AAGAGUUCCCUCUAGUGGGAUCUUUGGGGAAAAAAAACAGAUGAGUUGCUGAAAUUUCUUCUCUACACAAUGGCUGACACUACUCCAGUCCGGAAGAACCACAGCUUUGAUGAAGGGGCAGUGGAGAGAGUUCUGUCUGCACGGAUCCCAGGGUUUCCUCAAGACCCGGGGCAACCUUUCACCGUCAGACAGUACAGAUGGGGACAGUCCAACCCAACAUUCCAUUUGCAGAAGGGAGACAAAGAGUAUGUGCUGAGGAAGAGACCCCCUGGGACACUCCUGAAAGGAGCACAUCAGGUGGCUAGAGAAUAUCGGGUGCAAAAGGCAUUAUUUGAGGUGGGAUUUCCUGUACCGAAGCCAUUGAUGUUUGUGGAUGACCAUUCCAUUGUUGGCACUGACUUCUAUGUGAUGGAAUGUGUGCAGGGCCGGAUAUUUCGAGAUGUCAAUCUUCUGGAGGUGAAGCCAGCAGAACGCUGUGCCCUGUACUUGGCCAUGAUGGCAAUGAUUGCGCGACUUCAUUCCAUCGACUGGAGAGCACUGGGACUGCAGGGCUUUGGCAAAGAGCACAGUUACUCCAAGAGACAGGUAUUAACAUGGACUGCGCAGUAUAAAGCAGCUGCUUCUGCUGAUAUUCCUGCCAUGGAGAAGCUCUCAGAGUGGUUGAUCAACAAUUUACCGGAUAAUGACCAGGAGGCAGUGAUAGUCCAUGGUGAUCUCCGAAUCGAGAACUUCGUAUUUCACCCCACUGAGGCCCGAGUCAUUGCUGUGUUGGAUUGGGAGCUCUCCACCAUUGGGAAUCCUAUUGCUGACCUGGCCUAUGCCUGUAUGCCUUUCUAUUGGCCCAGUGGAACCCCCUUCCCAGGAUGUAGCAAUGAUAUCGCCAUUCAGGACGUGGACGGAGUGCCAUCGUGUGGUGAGCUGAUCUCUACCUACAGCCACUGUCGAGGUCUCCAUCUUCCGCUGCCCAACUGGACCUUCUUCCUGGCUCUAUCCUAUUUCAAAAUUGCCUCCAUUCUGCAGGGCGUGUACACACGGGCGUUGCUAGGAAACGCCAGUGCUGAGGAUGCGCACAAAUACGGUGGAAGUAUCAGACCUCUGGCUGAAACCGGACUGCAACUCUGCCAUCGGAAAUUGGAAUCGUCGAAGGCGAAGUUUCCCUGGAGGAGAGGCAUGUUUCAGCAAUCAGUCCUGGGUGAGAGUGUCCUUCAGCAGCUGAGGGAGUUCAGUAAACAGCAUGUGUACCCAGCAGAGCAGGAAGUUGCAGAGUACUAUGCAGCAAAUGUGCAAUCAAUCCUCCGAUGGCAGAAACCUCCCAUUAUAGAGGCACUGAAGCACAAGGCGAAAGCUGCAGGUCUCUGGAACCUCUUCCUGCCAGCAGUCAGCGGCCUGACUCAGUUGGAUUAUGCUUUCAUUGCGGAAGAAACUGGGAGAUGCUUCUUUGCUCCUGACGUUUUCAACUGCCAGGCUCCAGACACAGGGAACAUGGAGGUGCUACACUUGUACGGAAUCGAAGAGCAGAAGAAGAGAUGGCUGGAACCUCUGCUCAACGGAGAAAUCCAUUCGUGUUUUUGCAUGACAGAGCCGGAUGUGGCUUCCAGUGAUGCCACCAAUGUUGAAUGUACCAUUCACCGGGACGGAGAGAGCUAUGUCAUCGUUGGCAAGAAGUGGUGGGCCAGUGGAGCGGGGAAUCCAAACUGUAAAAUUGCUGUUGUCAUGGGCAGAACGGAAAAUAAACAUCUUCCCAGGCACAAGCAACACAGCAUGAUUCUUGUUCCCAUGGAUACACCAGGGGUAAAGGUCAUCAGGCCCCUGACAGUAUUUGGAUACGAUGAUGCUGUCCAUGGUGGACACUUUGAGAUACAUUUCGACAAUGUUCGAGUUCCAGUUUCCAACAUUCUAUUAGGUGAAGGGAGGGGAUUCGAAAUAGCCCAAGGCCGGCUAGGACCUGGACGAAUCCAUCAUUGCAUGAGGACAAUUGGAACCGCGGAACGUGCCCUGGAGCUGCUGUGUCAGCGAGCAGCUCAGAGGAAGACGUUUGGGAAGAAACUUUAUGAACAUGAAGUAAUUGCUCAUUGGAUAGCAGAGUGUCGCAUUGCCAUUGAACAAGCCCGGCUUCUUACACUGAAAGCAGCCAAUGCAGUCGAUACCAUGGGAACCGUCGCAGCAAGGAAGGAGAUCGCCAUGAUCAAGGUUGUUGCUCCACGGAUGGCCUGUAAAGUGGUGGACUGUGCCAUUCAGGUCUAUGGAGCAGGUGGAGUCUCGGAGGAUCUCCCUUUUGCGCAGAUGUAUUCAAUGGUACGCACCCUGCGUAUAGCUGACGGGCCAGAUGAAGUGCACCUCUCUGCGAUAGCAAAACUGGAGCUGAGGGAGCAGCUUAAAAACUCCCUGGCGAAACUAUAAGUAAUUGUCAGAAUGCAAGAGCAUCCUGAAGAAGGGCUUAUGCCCGAAACGUCGAUUCUCCUGUUCCUUUGAUGCUGCCUGACCUGCUACGCUUUUCAAGCAACACAUUUUUAAGCUCAGAAUGCAAGAGCAGCCAGGCCAGCAGCUGACAGAGAUAACACAACGUCAGCCUCCUGUCUUCCAAUGCAAUGAUUGAUUGAAGCAUCAAUUACCGGAAAUAUUACACGUUGGACAAUGAACCACCUAACAUAUUAAUUCAGCAUCUGUACACCAAUUACAUCUGUGUUUCUGAUCUCCUAGCACCGCUGUGUUAUAAUUUGGAAAAACAACUAUUCACGCAGAAGUGAUUUAUUUCUUUGUGUUUGGAGCGUAUAUUGGUGGGGAACAAAUGUGUUAGAGGAAGCAAAACUGUUGGCAUAAUGCAGUAAUAAAAUGAUGAAAAGCAUGUUGCAGAUUUGCAUAAUAUAAUUACUGUCAGUAAACUGUGACAAUGCAGGGGAAGUAAUGAAAUCCCAUAUUCCCUGGCCUAUUCUGCUGCUGCUCCUUGGUUUCUUUAUUUAUCCUGUACAUUAAUCAGUUUGAAGCAGUUAUCGAGGACAGAUUCCGCCAGAGCACUCUUCCCACUGCCUAGAACCUGGCGUGUUCGAAUAUAUUAACAACAACUUGAGUGCCUUUAACUUACUGAGUUAAAAAUCACGCAAUACCAUUUUAUAGCCCAACAGGUUUAUUUGGAAGCAGUAGCUUUAAUGUACUGAUGCAUCCAAAGGGACUUCAUCAGACAUGCAUCCAAAAAUUGAGGAUGCCCAGCCUUGUGAAGACAUAUGAGGCUGGAUGGUCGGAAUUGUGGUCCAUCAGAUUGAUCUGAAGCAGUGCCUGAAAGGAAAUGAGAGAGAGAGAGCAGGCGAGAGGUUCUCUGGGGUAGUUCCAGGACUUAGGGCCUAGACAGCUGACUAUGUGACAGGCCGUGGCAGAUGGAUCAAAAUUGGGAACGUAAAUAAGGCCCAGAAUUGGGCAAGCCACUGAGAUUUUUGAGAGGUGAUAGAGCUGGGAGUAGAUUGCAAAGAUGAAGAGCGUUUGAAAAUGAGGAAAAUAAUUGAGAUGUUGCCAGUGCAGGAGAUAAUACAAUGAUAAUAAAUCUCACUUAUGCAAAAUUAUGGACACUAAUCUGCCAGAUUUUAGCAAAUGUUUCAAAAAACAUUUUUCUUCUGUUAAUUACUUCCGAGAUAGCAGGGGAAAUCAAUUGACUCGAUGCCAAAUUCAAUCUAAUAUGCUCCUCUAAUGUGCGGCUCCAAGGAUGUAACUGGCCGUUUGAUAUGACAUGACUUGUUAAUGUUUUCACAGGUCGGCUGCCACAUUUAUUUACCAAAGAAUGUUGACAGCUUUUCUGAAAGUAAUUGAUUGGUUUCAGAGUGCUUCGGGAUACCUUGAACAUACGAGAAAAGGCCCUUUAUAAACACAAACGCAUCUCACUCAAAGUGUUCUCAUUGAUUAGAUUAGAUUAGAUUAGAUUACUUACAGUGUGGAAACAGGCCCUUCGGCCCAACAAGUCCACACCGACCCGCCGAAGCGCAACCCACCCAUACCCCUACAUAUACCCCUUACAUAACACUAUGGGCAAUUUAGCAUGGCCAAUUCACCUGACCCAAACAUCUUUGGACUGUGGGAGGAAACCGGAGAACCCAGAGGAAACCCACGCAGACACAGGGAGAACGUGCAAACGUCACACAGUCAGUCACCUGAGUCGGGAAUUGAACCCGGGUCUCAGGCGCUGGGAGACAGCAGUGCUAACCACUGUGCCACCGUGCCGCCGUGCUUUUUUUUUGUGCGUUCAGGGGAAUGAGGGUGUUGCUGACUGGACCAAUAUUUAUAGUCCAUUGUUAAUUGCAUCAGAGAAGGUGGUGGUGAGCUACCUUGUUGAACCACUGCAGUCCUUGGGGUGGACGCACACCCAUUGUGCUGGUAGAAUUGGAAUUAGAGUGAGGUUUUAUUGUAACCUGUACUUGAGUAGAUGAUACAGGAGUACGGUGAAAUGCCAUUCACAUCUUAGCAACAAGCUCCUUGGGUGUUAAAUCGUUGGUAAAAAGAAGAAAAAUAAAGAAAUAAUUUAAAAGUUCAACAUUACAGUCCUUGUCAGCAUAAAGUAGUAAAUAAGAAAUAAAGUUAAAAGUUCCGAAAUAAAGUCCUUUGUUAGCCAGGGAUCUGUAAUCAUUCCAACUUUCCCCAUUAGGGCUCCAUCCCCCUUGCCCCCACACACUGGGCUCAAUCUCUCUCCCCAACCCUGAACUGGGCUCAAUCUCUCUCUCUCCCCCCUCACUGGGCUCAAUCUCUCUCUCUCCUCACACUGGGCUCAAUCUCUCUCUCCCCAUGCACUGGGCUCAAUCUCUCUCCCCACCCCCAAACUGGGCUCAAUCUCUUUCUCUCUCCCCGCACUGGGCUCGAUCUGUCUCCCCCCUUCACUGGGCUCAAUCUCUCUCUCCCCCUGCACUGGGCUCAAUCUCUCUCUCUCCCCCUGACACUGGGCUCAAUCUCUCUCCCCCCAUACUGUGCCCAAUCUCUCUCCCCGCACACUGGGCUCAAUCUCUCUCCCCACACAUGGGCUCAAUCUCUCCAUUUGACCCAGUGACAGUGAGGGAAUAGUGCCAUAUUUCCAAGUCAGGAUAGUGAGUGGCCUGGAGUGGAACUUGCCAGGUGGUAGUGUCCAUGUCUUUCUAGUGGGUGGUGGUUGUGGGUUGAGAAGGUGCUGGCCAAUGGAGCCUGAGUGAGUUGCUGCAGUACAUCUUGUCGAUGGAACACAAUGACGGCUCAGUUAGAUGUCGUUUCUUGUAAAACUGAAUUACCUGCGUUGCCCAUCCUGACCUUCAUAGAAAUCUGGAAUCUCAAUAAAUGAUAAUGCUCACAA